UGUAACAUGUCUAACUUUUUAAUAUUUAUGUUGUUAAUUUGGACCUAUUACAUUUAUUACGUAUCUAUCUCUAUCGUAUUUAUCUCGUAUUAAUGUCAAUCGUUUAUGUGUAUUGUUUUUGUACCCCACCAAAGCAAGGAAGUGCUGCUGACUGUUUCUGCGUAGCAAGCUAGUUUGAAAUGGUUGGUCAGACAAAGGCUGCACAGGAAGAAUCCCACAACAGAACCGAAAUGCUAAUAGAAACGUUGUAUUUUAAUCGAUGACACAGAAGAAACAGAUACUGCGGUUUUCAUAAAUACAUUUCUACUUUUUGUUUUGAAAAUGAACGACCGACUGGAUCCGUUUGAAGAACGACAGCGGUCAUCUGACUUGAAAUUGGGUAGAGUCGCCUGACCGUCACUGUUUUCCGCCUUUAAGUACGCUAACUAACGUUAGCUAUCCCAAGUUUUUGUAGGACGUAGCUAGCUAUCUCAUUUGAUUAGAAUAAUAUCAUUAUAACCUAGCUAUUAUAACACAACCUCCACACUUCUUGUUGGACAUGCAUUAUGAAGAGAUGGCUGGACUUUGAACAGGUUAUUUUCCUGAGUAACAUUACCUAAUUUAGCUAGCUAACAGUUAGCUAGCCUACUCGAAUAAGCGGAUACCUGGUUAGUUUUUAUCUAACCUCUCCCUUUCCAAACAUGUUUGAAAUGGAAACGCACAUAUCUGGCCUCUUCCCGGAAAUUUUAGCUAUAAUUUUCAGUUACUUGGACGUAAGGGACAAAGGUAGGGUUGCCCAAGUGUGUGCGGCCUGGAGGGACGCUUCGUAUCACAAGUCUGUGUGGAGGGGGGUGGAAGCGAAGUUGCAUCUGCGGAGGGCCAACCCGUCCCUGUUCCCCAGCCUCCAUACCCGAGGCAUUAGGAAGGUCCAGAUCCUAAGCUUGCGACGAAGCCUAAGCUAUGUAAUCCAGGGGCUGCCAAACAUCGAAAGCCUUAACCUAUGUGGCUGUUUUAACCUCACGGACAACGGCCUCGGACAUGCGUUUGUUCAAGACAUCCCGUCCUUGCGAAUCCUCAACCUCAGCCUUUGCAAACCAAUCACAGACUCAAGCCUGGGUAGGAUUGCCCAGUAUCUCAAAAACCUGGAGGUGCUGGAACUUGGAGGCCUCAGUAACAUCACCAACACAGGCCUUCUUCUCAUUGCCUGGGGCUUGCACAAACUCAAGAGCCUUAACUUGCGGAGCUGCAGGCAUGUGUCAGACGUCGGCAUUGGUCACCUGGCUGGGAUGACCCGAAGCGCUGCCGAAGGCUGCCUUUCCCUGGAGCAGAUGACACUACAGGACUGCCAGAAACUGACAGACCUGUCCCUCAAACACGUCUCCAAGGGACUAGCCAAGCUCAAGGUGCUCAACCUCAGCUUCUGUGGAGGCAUAUCGGAUGCAGGUAUGAUCCAUCUGUCGAACAUGAAUCACCUGUCAAGCCUCAACCUGCGGUCCUGUGACAACAUCAGUGACAUGGGCAUCAUGCACCUGGCCAUGGGGUCUCUGCAGCUCUCUGGCCUGGAUGUUUCCUUCUGCGACAAGAUAGGUGACCAGAGCCUGGCCUACAUCGCCCAGGGGCUGUACCAGCUCAAGUCUCUGUCCCUGUGCUCCUGCCACAUCAGUGACGACGGGAUCAACCGGAUGGUGCGUCAGAUGCACGAGCUCAAGACGCUGAACAUUGGGCAGUGUGUACGCAUCACUGACAAGGGGCUGGAGCUAAUUGCUGACCACCUGACGCAGCUCACUGGUAUCGACCUGUAUGGGUGUACCAAAAUCACCAAGCGGGGCCUGGAGAGGAUAACGCAGCUCCCGUGCCUUAAAGUUUUAAACCUGGGACUCUGGCAGAUGACGGAGAGUGAGAAAGUUAGGUGAAAGCCAAACUGGGAUGAACUGCCAAGUGGGGUUUUCACUGUAAUAUUUUUCAUCCACAGAGAUUACCUGAGCGGAACAGCUCGUAGACUAUUACAUUAUCUUUAAUAGCUACAAUACUGUGACUUAAUUUUAGCAGAAGGAAACACUUUUUAAACAUUCACUGUCACAGCAAUAUUCCACCCCUUAUUUUGGUAAAAUUGCUUUCUUAUUUCAGUGUUAACUAUCCUGUCCCUGUAUCACAUCUAUAAGGUUUUGACUAGCUACCUCAUCCAUUCAAGAAACUGUACUGUCUGGGACACAACCACACUACCACAGCAUCUUUCCAUGCAAAACGAACUCAUUUUUAAACUUUCCCUUUAACUGUUUACCAGUAUUGAUGAUAGACAUGACUCAUGCAAAACAUCUCUGUUCAAACACAGUCCUUAACACUGCACAAAGGCGUUAACGUCUUGGAUUGAAGGUGUGAGCAGGGGAUUCCUUCAGCUAAAGUAUUUUGCUUAUGUUAAUGAAGGUAUUUUUAAUGAAUGGCUGUAGUCCAGAACAUUGUACUUCAAAUUGAAGUGUUUUGUUUUUUAAUUGGUAGUUCCCAUUCCUGAGGAGUUACACUGUAUCAAACAUUGUAAUAUGCCUUACUCCAGCUUGUCAACAUGAACAGUGUGGAUAUGACAGGGGUAAACUGCCUUUUCCUCCUGGGAACUUUAGAAUGGAGAGUGGAAAUAGACUUUGGGCUCAAUUCAAUCUGUAUCGCGGAAGUUGUUACAGCAUGAUUGAAAUUUGAAGGCACUUUUCCCACGUUAGUGGAGACUGCCUUCACGGUAAACGCUGCAAAUGUCGGCACAAUCGGAAAUAACCUUUAAAUCUUUGAGCAAUCUAAUGCUUCAGCGAUAGAUUGAAUAAAGCCCUUUAUCUUGUCCUUGGUUAUCAAGAAUAUGUAUUUCUGUAUGCAACAUAUCAAUAACCUACAUAUUUUCUCCUGUAAAGCCUCCAAGGAAAGAUAUGAGUGUUAAGGCUAAUUUAAAAUGUUUAUAUUCAUACGAUAGUGAUAUUUAUUAAUAAAAACGCACAAUGUU